CUGCUGCUGCUGUUGUUGUACAUAAUCGGGAGUUUAGCCAACCGAGUAACCGAACAUCAAUGCUUCUUGCCAGCGACAAGUCGGAGCAAGAAAUCAGUCGUCAGCCAGUAGCCAAGGUGUGCGUUACACAUCGUGAGUACAGUGCGCGUUGCGUGUGAGAGAUCAAUCAAACUACACUCCAAGAAUACCAAGAACAUUCAAACGCAAAACUACGUAAAGUGCAAAACUAAAGCAAGAGACUGAUCCACAACAGAUCAAAACUAUAUACAGUGUCCAGUGACAAGCAAAUAUAAGACAUCAAACUAAAGGCAGAAAAUACUGCCCAGUGCAAUUAAAAAGUCAUCAGCUAUAAAAACAGCGAACGCAGCGAAAACCCAACAGAACCCAAGAUGAAUCAAACAUGCAAAGUAUGCGGCGAACCAGCGGCGGGUUUUCACUUCGGCGCCUUCACAUGCGAGGGCUGCAAGAGUUUCUUCGGUCGCUCGUAUAACAACAUAAGCACAAUCAGCGAGUGCAAGAACGAGGGCAAGUGCAUCAUCGACAAAAAGAAUCGCACCACUUGCAAGGCGUGUCGUCUGCGCAAAUGCUACAACGUGGGCAUGUCCAAGGGCGGCUCUCGCUAUGGCCGUCGCUCCAAUUGGUUCAAGAUCCACUGUCUGCUCCAGGAACACGAACAGGCAGCAGCUGCCGCAGCCUCCGCUGGCAAGGCGCCCGGACAUGCCACCGGCUCGCCAAUGAGUUCGCCUGGAUUCGGUGACUUGGCCGCACAUCUGCAACAGCAACAACAACAGCAGCAGCAACAUCAUCACCAACAGCAGCAGCACCAGCAACAACAGCAGCAACAGCGUCAUCCACAUCUGCCGCCUCUGCUCGGUUAUCCCGGUUACCAUUUGCCUGAACCCUUUGGUGCUCGCCAUCCGGCUGAUGCUGCCGCCGCUGCCGCUGCGUUGCCCUUCUUCAGCAUGAUGGCCACACCACAGUCGCCCUUCCAGCUGCCCCCGCACUUGCUGUUCCCCGGCUAUCAUGCCAGCGCAGCGGCCGCCGCUGCAGCGGAUGCUGCCUAUCGCCAGGAGAUGUACAAGCAUCGUCAGAGCGUGGACUCGGCUGCCUCCGCAGAGUCACUCAAUCGCUAUACGCCACCGCAUGUGGUGCGUCAGUUGACACCGCAGUCGCCACCACCACAGCAGCAGGAGCCACAGCCAGCAGCAUCGCCCAUUGAUGUUUGCCUGGGCGCCGAGGAUGAGGAGGAGCAGUCGAUGCACUCGCAUCACAGCGGCAGCAUUCACAGUCCGCAUGCGAUUCACACACCAGUUGCCAUACGCGCCACACCCACAACACAGUUGCAGCAGCAGCAGCAGCAGCAAUCAGCAUCGUCCACGCCCACGCCCACAACGACGCCCACGCCCCCGGCGACCGCAGCAGUCGCAGUCACAGCCACAGCGAGCAGCCCUCUGAGCUUUGCUGCCAAAAUGCAAUCACUUUCACCCGUCUCCAUCUGCUCGAUUGGCGCCGAGACUGGCGCUGCAACAGUUGCUCCCGCUGUCGCUGCUGCCCAGGAUGGACCCAUGGAUCUGAGCAUGAAGACCUCCAGGAGUUCGGUGCACAGUUUCAACGACAGCGAUGCCGACGAGAUGCCCGAGACAAAUGCUUUGUCGCAGCGCCGCAAGUUCUAUCAACUCGAGGCCGAAUGCAGCGCCACAGCGAUCAGCAGCAGUCACAGCAGCAGCCACAGCAACCACAGCGAUCACAGCACUGCCUCCUUGGUGAAGCGCCAAAAACUGGAGUCGUCGCCAUCGCCAUCAUCAUCGUCGUCGCCAUCGACGUCACCAGCAGCAUUUGGCGGCUUUGCGGUGGCUCACAACGCGGCCAGCGCCAUGCGGGGCAUCUUUGUCUGCGUCUAAGUCGAAGUCGAAGUCGGAGACGGAGUCGAUGUCGACGUUGAGUGGGUGGAGCCAACUGGCUGAGCGCCUCUCACUUCCACGUUACUGUUGUUGUUUGUUGUAGUUUUUUACACAUUUUAUUUUUCUCAACCGCGUGUCGUUGUCGUUGUCGUAGUUGUUGUUUUCGGUUUUUUACGGUUCGAAUUCGAUUUGCGCCGUCGAAAUUGAAAUUGUCUUUGGACAGGUUUGUGUUUGCAGCGUGCCAGACAGAGACAGCUAGCUCAACACUCACACACAUACACACAACACAUACACACACUCUUGAGAGCUCAAUUCCAAAAAUUAUUUUUACAAAAAGGAACAAAAAGCGUUAGUAUUUUUUACAUAAUUGUAAAUAUGUUUUUAAAUAUUUCAUAACAAAUUUCUCUCAAGUUCUACAAACAAAACCCAAGAAAUUCAAGUAGGAAAACACAAAACAAAACAAGAAAAAAAAACAUAAAACAAAACCCAACCCACCAAAAUCUCCCUC